AUGCGUUCAAACAGCGUCUCUUCCAUCUCCAGCUCCGCCUCCUGGGAUUCUGAGGACACCAUGCAGAUCUUCGUCAAGAACGUUGCCGGCGAGACAUUCCCCCUGACGAUUCCCUCCAACACCUCGAUAUCGACGCUGCGGAACUUGCUCGCCCUGCGGACCAACCUGCCCGCCUCGGAGCUGCGCCUGGUGCACGCCGGCAAGCACCUCACCGACGCCGACUCGAGCCUGGCCGACUACCGCGUGGCGCGCGAAGCGACGCUGCACAUGGCCCUGCCGGUUCGGGGAGGGAUGCCGCCCAAGAAGAUCCGCUGCUCGUACAAGGACUGCAAGGACGCGGCGCAGCGCAUCGUGGGCGACUGCGGCUUCUGCUCCGGCCACUUCUGCGGCCGUCACCGUCUGCUCGAGGAUCACAAGUGCGAGGGCCUCGAGGACUGCAAGAAGGAGAGCCACGAGCGCAAUGCCGACAAGCUCAACUCGGAGCGCACCGUCGCGAUACGCGGCAUCUAG